UAUUCACCUCCCUGAAAACCCAUCAUUGAUUAGAUAAAACUUUGCAGGAAUUUCAUAAGGCAAACAAAUGAAGGUUAACUAUUUACUGGGUGACUCGCUAAUAUCCAGCUCAUCAAUUCCAUUGUAUUCCAUUAAGUCCAACCCGAUCCAGCUCUCAUCUUUCAUUUAGAAAAAUGGAAGGUUUUAAACCAUUAUUCAAAAAGUUUUGCAAAACUAGAGACUCAAAAGUGGAAAAAGAAAUUAUUAAUAUUGUCAAAAACAGACAGGCGUCUGCACUUGCAGCUACUUAUUUUUACGAGUUAACCGCAGAAGUUAGAGAUCUUCUUAAUUCCGAUGAUUGCAAAAUUGUAUCGCACUUGUUCCUCCUCCUACAACAAAUUUGCGAAGAAGCGGUAGAAGAAACUGCCGACAUUUUGCAAAUUAUUGAUCAGACUUACACAAAUAAUUUAGCUGUAUGUAAACAAUUCCACCAGACGUACACUGUGGAUUGCAAGUCUUGCGAAAUUAUUCAAAAUGCUGCGAAAUAUUUGAGCAGCCAAGUAUUAGUAAAGUUAGUAUGCUCGAAUUGUACGAAGAUUCCGAAGUUUUAUGUAUUUCAAUCUUGCCGUCAUGUUCUUUGCAAAUCGUGUUGGAUCCGGAUAACACACGAACUGACCAAGUUAAAGCUGUACGCAUAUAGCUGUCCGAUUGAUCAGACAUACAUAUCAAAGACUAAGCUUUCUGAGCUUAAAGAAAAGGAUUUCAAAGAAUUGAAGCUGGUUGAUCCACCCCAGGAAGAAAAGUUCGAAUUAAAAGAAAAUGAGAGUCAAUGCCCUAAAUGUAACGCGGUGGUAAAAUUUGACGCCGAAUUGGGUGGGUUUCAUGUCAGUUGUGAACCCUGUGAUUAUAUUUUUUGCUCGAAUUGUCGCAGCCCUUUUCAUGGUUUUGUGGACUGUGAAACUAAUUCUGACAAGAGUUGUAAUCCUUCCACAAGUAGUGAUGCCGAUAAGAAUUUAUCCGUCGAUGUAAGAAAUAAAAGUGCGAUAAAAGAUUUUCAGCUUGUGCGACAAUCUUCCGGUGCUGAUGCAAUGGAUCAUGAAGCAAGUUUUUACGAAAAUCCCAUCAACAAAACCCUGACUCGAGAAGAGGUCAACCCUGCAUUCGACUUCGAGGCGGAAUCGAUUCCUGAGAAGGAGUGGCCAUGGGAAAAAGAAAAGCAUACAUUCACCAAGAUCUACAAGUAUCCAAAGUACAAAAGUCUCGAACCCAACACCUGGGUUGAGGACGAACUUUUAGAAAAUGCCAUUAAAAUUACCCUCGAGAAGGAGAAUCUUACUGAUACGCACACCGUCUUGGAGACUUUCGUCAUAAAAUAUGGCAGUCUUAAGAGUGAUGACGACAAACAAUUAAUUGGAAUGUUAUCCGACAAGAAAAUUCCUUCCAAAAAGAUCGUGCUCGCCCUGAUAAACACUGACUUUGACAACCACGGAGGACAUUGGCUCCUCGGCUGUGUGGAAAUUGAGAAAAAGAAAAUUAUAUUCUUCGACUCUUCAAUCGUGAUGUCGCCCACAUUUUACCGCAGACCGUUCUUCGUUCUUUUAAAACUACUUCAAGUCGCGUAUGAAUUGGAGAAGGAGCCGUUUGAUCCGAACAAAUGGAAAUUGAUUGUUGCAUUGAAUUCCGUUCAGCAGAAUAAUGAUUACGACUGUGGUCCGAUGGUAGUUUGUAACGCUUAUGCGAUCAGCCAAGGUGCCAUAAUUCGAAAAGUGCCAAGUAGCAAAUUGGUUAGAGAAUGGUUGUUGGAUGUUUUGUUAGAGGCAUCCGAAAAAGCGAAGGGUGAUAAAGGAGAGGUAGAGAAAGCAACUGAUCCAUGGGCAGUAACUCGCGAAGAGAAAGUUGCAGAAUUUUCACCAAAACAUUUAAAAAUUGAAUUUGCAUUCAUACCAAGCAGUCACUUUUUGUAGUUGUCGUCAUGUCACCCAUAAUUGUUUAAUUACUAAUUUACAUGUAAUGCAAGUAUAAUAAAUAUUUACCAUGAACAUAUAUGUAUCUACGUACAUGGUAGAAUAAUUACACUAAUAAUUAUACUAAUAUAAAUUUAAAUCAAAAAAUAAUUGUUUCUAUAUAGUGAAGUACAAUUAACAUUACUUGUACCCCAUAGCUGCUUUCUUGGUACCGGGUUUAACAUAUUUCAAUAGAAAUGUAGUUACUCAUAAUAUAAUUAAAUACUUGCCGGUAUGUUUUCAGCUUAUUAAUACUGCAUAAGUACAAAUUUUUGUAUGUGUAAAAUCAUGCAUGUACACACAUAUGUACAUGCAUAUAUUUAUUACAAAUAAUGCUUGGAUUAAAUGCAUAAUUUAUUACGCGAAUUCGUGCGAUAACUAAUUUCAUGGAACUUUGUGUUUCGUCAAAAAAAAAAAUCUUGUGUUGUACAUACAAACUUUAAUUAAAACGGCAUAAUACUGAA